AUGUAUCCUCGCACCUCGCAAGAUGGAGGCACUGGGUAUCGCUCGAAUGGACAUGGGUAUGGAGGUGGAGCGGUGAGCGAUGGCUACGACCCCGCUUCGCAGCCGCCGCCGCAGUCGAAGGGACAGUCUGUCGCUGCGCCGGAUCUGAUUAUGCAAGCCUUCAAUCAAGCCCUCCGACCGCACCUCGAUCGCGUUGACCAGCUGGAAGCCGAGAUUGCCGAUCUGCGAGCCUAUGUCGACCAAUUGGAGCAGCAGAGAGGCGAUGUGCACGCAUGGAUUGACAAGAGAGGUUUGCGACCAGACGUCCCCCCCAGCAUCGCCGCGCAAAUGGACGCCGCCUCGCACGCCAACUCCCCCACCCACGCCGCAGCAACACUCAACGCGCAACUCGACCGCAAAAUCACCAUCGUCAACUUCGACCUGCAUAGGCUGCAAGACGACCUGAACGACUCCCUCCCCACCCCCUCCUUCUCAGCCUGCAUGCUGAAAUUCCUGCCCGACAUCCACCGCCUCGCCGCCCUGCCGUCCGGCCCGCGCUACGCCUUCGACCUGCUCCUCAAACUCGGCGGGAACCUGAAUUCCCACGGCGGCCUGGAGAAUGGGGACGAAGAGGACUUGGCGGAGCGGAGGUCGUUUUAUGCGAAACUUGAUGAGGCGAUGGUGGAGGUUGUGAGGGGAAGGUUUAGGGAGGAGGGCGAUGGGUGGGGUGUGCAGAGGGAGAUGAAGCGGAUUGAGAAGACGGGCGCGUAUCUCAGGAACUGGGGCGUGGAGCCUUACUUUCCGCUGACGCUUGACGUGAUGAGGCAGGAGAGUGGUGGGGCGCCGCAGUCGGGUGCCGGAGGGGCGCAGGUGGUGGGUGGCGCGCAGGGACCGGUGGAGGUGUACUAG